AUGCGGGAAUUACAAGACAUAGAGCAAAAAAGGUCUCCCCAACCACAGUACGGAGGCCAUAGCCCCCCUGCGGAAACCAGGAACGACGAUGCAGAUAUCAAUGGAAUCAUUGAAGGACACCCCCAGCUCGAUCGCAAUUUCUCGGUGCUUUCCUUAAUAGGAAUUGCAUUUUGUAUGUCGAACUCAUGGUUCGGUAUUUCGGCGUCGAUGAUUACCGGGAUUGCCUCUGGCGGCACGGUUCUAAUCAUCUACGGCUCGAUAUGGAUCACAUUAGUCUCGAUGGCUGUCGGGGCAUCCCUUUCGGAGCUGGCGAGCGCGAUGCCCAAUGCAGGAGGCCAGUAUAUCUGGGUACACGAGCUGGGCCCUCGUCGCUGCGCCAAGUUCUUGUCAUUUCUCACAGGAUGGCUGGGCUAUGCUGGAGCCAUCUUUGCAUCAGCAAGUGUCGUACUGAGCUUGUCCCAGGCAAUACUUGGCAUGUGUGAGAUCAAAGCCACGCACAUCGUGCUAACUUAUGAACUUAUCAAUUUCCUAUGCCAUAUUCUCAACUGCGUUGGGAGGAUUCUCCCUACCGUAGCCAAAAUUUCUCUUUACACCUCGUUGGGCUCCUUUUUUAUUAUCCUUAUUACGGUACCCGCAUGUGCACGAACCCACGCCAGUGCCAAAUUUGUGUUCACCAACUUUGUCAAUUCGACAGGCUGGAGCUCAGACGCCCUCGCGGUUGUGGUUGGACUUGUCAACCCCAAUUGGAUUUUCGCUUGUCUGGACUCUGCAUCACAUCUUUCGGAGGAGGUCCCAACUCCAGAAAGAAACAUCCCCAUUGCUAUUUUCGCAACCAUAGGAAUUGGCUUCGUUACGUCUUGGACCUAUUGCAUCUCGAUAUUUUUCGCAAUCAACGACCUUGACAGCCUAGUGAACUCCCCGACUGGUGUCCCCAUUCUCGAACUAUUUAACCAGGCUUUAGAGAACAAAGUCGGCGCCAUUUGCCUUGAAACGAUUCUAGUAGCAACUGGUUUUGGUUGUAUAAUCGCCUGCCAUACCUGGCAAUCUCGUGUUUGUUGGGCCUUUUCUCGUGAUGGCGGCUUACCGGGCCAUCAAUGGCUAUCAAAAGUCCAUGACAGAUUGGGAGUACCAUUGACAGCCCAUGUUAGCAGCUCCAUGUUGGUUGGUGCUCUUGGUCUCAUUUACCUCGGUUCUUCUACAGCCUUCAACAGCAUGAUUAUCUCAUGCAUUUCGCUUUUGUAUGUUUCAUACAUUAUUCCAAUACUGUGCCUCUGGUAUAGGAAGCGAUCGAUCCGCCAUGGACCCUUUUGGCUAGGCAGACUCGGCUUGUUCGCAAAUGUUGUCACCAUUUGCUGGACGAUGUUCUCACUUGUGAUGUAUUCGUUUCCUGCAACGAUGCCAGUUCAAGCCAAUAAUAUGAAUUAUGUUGCGGUCAUUUAUGUGGUGUGCAUGUUGAUCAUACUGGUUGAUUGGUUUCUGCGUGGAAACCGGUCGUUUAGGUCACCGGUGCGCGCACCAGAAAUCUUACAAUGA